UUAUUUCAGCGAAUAGAUCUACACGAGUGCUUAGAUCUAGGAUCUACACUAUUCUACACAGUCUAGAUCUAGAUUAAGAAAAAAAAAUAGAUAUUUAUAUCUAAAAGUGUAGAAGCAUAAACUUAAUAAACUAGGAUAAAAAAUCUAGACUUAGAGUAGGCCUAUUAAUAAUUAUUUAUUUAUUCCUAAGAAUAAGACUGUGUCACACAGGUCACAGGGCAGGCACAGUCACAGUGUACUGUGAGAGUGACAGGCCUGAGUGUGUAGUACUGGUACUGACUGGUGUGUACAAAAUCAUAUGAUAAAAUGUACGCCUAAAAAAUUAAAAUAAAAUAACUAGGCUAAGUUUUUAGGCGAUUUUAUUAAAACUUUUCAGUAGGCCUAAAAGAUUUGCCUUAUCUUAAAAAAAGAGAUGGGAGAUUUCUCAUUUUCAGACAUUUUCUAUUUGAAAGUGAGCACUGAUUGAUUAGUGUGAUUGACGAAUCACUUAGUGCCACUUGUCUUAGAUCUAGAUCUAGAAUUACUUUAAGACUUUUGAUACCUAAAGAAUAAAAGAUUCACCAAGAAAGCGAGACAUCAGCAUUUGAUCACAAUACAAGUUUUUGACAGCUUUCUCACUAAAAAUGAACACUGAUGAAAAUGAUAAGAAUGGUUCAUCAGAUUUGGAGGAUAAAUACUUUAAAAUUAAAGCUGGAAUUUUCCUGACGUCAGUGACUGGCAUGUCCAUAUUGGGAGGGUUUGGGAUGACACUGGCCAUGGCUAAGAAACAAGACCCUGCUAUGUUCGCUAAGGGGAUCCAUGGCACCAGAGAGAUCCCUGAGAGUGGGAUCAGUCUGGCAACCCGAGCUUUGGCCAGAGGUUCUCUCUACUCCGUGGCUGGGUUCAGCUUGUUUUGUUUUACUGUCUGGAAGCUCAUGGGGGUGCACAAUUUUGUUGAAUUCAGACAGAAAGUCGGAUCAUUUCUGCCAACAAUUCCAAAGUCACCCAAUCCAGGUCGAAGUGAUUUUAAGACUAUUAGGGACUUGUUUAAUUAUAUAAUAGAGGAAGAUGAGAAGGAGAAAAAGGCUAAGAAAGCAACGUAGUUGUUGCUGUUUUAGGGUUGCAUUUAACAUUUGAGAGCAAGAUGAAGAUAGAAGGAUGAGUGAUUGUAUUAGUUUUCCAUAGUUGUAUGGUACAUAUUUAUUGGAUGUCUUGUUUUUUCGUUCUUAGAAUUUGUGAUCUGUAAAUAUUUGUAAAUAAAUACUUUUAUGAAAAUUA